CCAGCACUCCCUGCAAGCCGCCUCUGCCACUUAUUACUCACAAUUACGUAGAGAAUCGAAAUUAAAAUGAGGAGAGAUGGCGCUGGGGCCGCGGCUUCUUGUAUGGUUCGUGCUACUGCCACUAGGCGGAGCUGGCGUGGCCUCGAUGGGGUGGUGAAGAUAGUGUUAUCAGAAAGCAGGUUAUCUGCCAUCUCCACGCUGUGAUAACCUCCUCUCUCAUUAUUACCAAACAAAACAAACACCGCACUAGCCAGUAUGGCCUCCUAUGGAGCUGGGAGGAGGAGGAGGGAGCGGCUGAUGUUAAGAGGAGGAGCCCGGUAGUGCUGUCUUGUGGCGGCCAGCGCCGCACCGACCACCAAGUCUUUCGGCUGCUGAACGCGUUUUUGUCAAAGUGGUUCGGGUCAAGGAACGUCAGGGGUUUCGUUCUCUGGGCUCCAGCGUCUUCCCGAAAGUUGAAGUGCGGCGAGGUUACCGUCAUGUGGGGGGGUCAGGUGCUCCUGAGGGCUUAAUUCCAAGUGUCACGGUGACCCCAACCUCCCGAAGAACACACCAGACCUCCAUCCCACAACCUUCCGGACGGCCCUCCAACCCCUCCUCCCACUCUAGUGAAGAGCCUCCCCCACCCUUCCCUUCCCUCCCCAACGCUGUUGACCCCAGCACCCCUCCCUCUCCCCCCCCAACCGAGCCACACGGACUUACAACGCGUGUGGCAGGUGGUAAUAGAUGCGAUAGUUCCGUGUGAUGCCGCUCGCGCAAGAGCACUUACGAACGCGGAGGCAAAAUAUUCGUAAAAGCUUCAAGGGCCCUCAGUAAAUCAGUUCGGGUCAAGCGGUGUCGGACAGUGCCACCAGGCGAGCAGUGACCGCCGUGACAAGGAACAGUGACCUCUCGACGCAAGGGACUGUUUCAAGAUAUGCAGUGACCACUGGUUAUGAAGAACUAUGGGGCGAUGUAACAGUAUCCGCCAGUGAGAAACUACAGUGCAGUGCCGCGAGAAAACACUGAUUGCUAAUUUCGUGGACAGUGCCACCAGGUGUACAGUGCAACUGCUUACAAAAAGGAGAAGUGCAACAAAAUAUACAGUGAAUGCUAGAUACAAGGGACAAUACCAGAAGGUGUACAGUGAUGCAGUUUAUGCAGUGACUGAUGUACACAAGGCACAGUGCCACAAGGAAUCGGUGAUCAGCAGUUACGAGGGACAGUUACCAGAAUGCAGGAAGAAGCUAAUUGUAGACACAGCGGAUAAUGUGCAAUGAUAACGCCCAAGAUAACACUUAACGGUCACCCGCCCGUGAGGUGUCCACGACCUCUGCUGCUGCUGCUGGUGUUGUUGUUGUUGCUGUUCUUGUAGCUGCCACGCCCACACGCGAGUCAACGCCCGCCUGCACGCCCACACGAGACAAGGUGUGCCUGCACGCCCGUGCCACCAUGGAAAACAAACGUUCCAAGGUCCUCUCUGAUGAGUUAGUGUAAAACGAUAAUAUAGAACUCUUUUUUUUUACGAGUUACCCAACAAAAAUUUGUGUUGCUGUAUCUGCCGAGUGUCCAAAAAACUGUGAUAAAAGUGAAAAAAAAACAUAGACAAAUUGAAAGGUAAAUAUACAGAAGACUUGCCCAUGAGGGAGACGCCAUUAGUGUCUAACCCGAAAUGCAGAAAAUUUUUCCUGGUGAUUAAAAAAUAGAAGAGAAGAGGAAAACUUAAACUAGGAAAAAGAAAGAGUAAAUAGACAUCAAAUUUAGUGAAAUUUAGUGAAGAGAAGACGCAGAACUAAAAAAAAAUGACUUUGAACUAGAAAUUAAAAUUCGCCAGCAAGCCAGUGAUCGUGAAUAGCGUAGGACACUGAGACCCUUCUGAGGCAUUAUUGAUCACUGGUGAUAAGGGUUUUGGAAAAACAUGAAGUUUGUAGAGUGCUUUUGAGAGGUGGGAAGGAGGGAAGAGAAGGAGGAGGAGGAGGAGGAGGAGGAGGAGGAGGAGGAGGAGGGAGAACAGGAGGAGGAAGCGUUCCUUACAACUGGUGGCCUCACUAUGGAGGAAGACGGGUCAGGUUGGUACACAGAUGGAGGCACGGGCGCCCACCCCCCAAUGGAGGAGGGGCACUCUGGCAUGCCCCUCAAGGACGAGGUGACCCACGAGGGCGCCCUAGACGCCCACACGCCCAUGGAUGCCCACACGCCCAUGAACGUGGAGGAGCAACAUCCCCUGAGUGGGAUAGUUGUCAGUCAUCACGCCGGGGGGCAACAGGGGGCGCUGCUCCCCCCAGAGGAGGUGGAUGGCUUCUUCACCUCCUUAGACUCAAGUGGGCGUGAGAACAGAGCUCGUUACUACACCCACAACCCCGCCCACACACCCACGCUGCAGCAGUACCCACACAACACACACGGUCGCGUGAGUGGCAGCCCAGUCCGCCCACACUACCCCACGCCCCUACACGCCGCCUGGUUCCCGGACCACUCCCGCGGCAUGGGCGUGUCCCACACGCCCUCCACUUCAUGGGUGCCACCCCUCACCUCCCGCCCACCACCCUCAGCGCCUCUACAUCACACCCAUCUCUUCACAUUUCCGCCCACACCACCCAAGGACGCCACCCCGGACACUGUGGGUUUGACGGCGGCCGCCCACGACUACAGCAAUGUGGCUACGUCCACGGGCGUCCACCACGUCCACCAGCCCAGCUUGGAGAUGUCUAUGGCGGAACUGAAGUCUCCGCCCGCCCUCCUCUCCGUCAUGGGCGGCUCCAAACGUGAAGGUAGCGACGAAUACGCCCUCCCCGAACCCCUCCAUAUCCACUCCCAGCACCCCUCCCUCCUCCACGCCCACAACCCCCUACCGCCGUCCACUGACGUCCUACACCCUGACUCCUACGCUGCCUACGAUGCCUACCUUCCUGCGCAUGAGGAUGCCUACUACCCUACCCCCCCGGACCCCCCACCUCCUGGACGUGCCCAAUCCAACUCCGCCUCCAAGAGCAAAGCCAAAGCCAAGGCCAGUGCCGAGGGCCGCGAGUGCGUCAACUGUGGUGCUACGUCGACGCCACUGUGGCGACGCGACGGUAAUGGUCACUACUUGUGCAACGCCUGCGGCCUUUACUACAAGAUGAACGGCCAGAACCGACCACUCAUCAAGCCCAAGCAACGCAUGUAUACUGUUCUGUGCAUCAUCAUAUACAGAAAAAUAAAAUUAUAUUUUAUAGGCAGGAUAGUCUCAAAUAUAAAUAUUGUUAAAGUAAAGGCAGACGACAAGACGAGUUUCUAUAAAGUUCUGAGAUGGGAAGAAUACUUAAUAACAAAAGUUAGAUGGUUUUUCUUAGGGUCACAGAUACUGCCUCUGUUGAGAUGUCUAGAUGUAUGUCAGGGGAUGCUGGAGAUGUUUGAGGUUAUUGCUUCUGUCUCCAGAGUAAAUCACUACCAGCGGCCAACACUCCGGGCUAUCCGCACCACCUGUUAG